CCUUCAACGGCCCCUCGCCUCUUGCCCCGCCCCCUAGCAUAAUCAGCGCGCGCUGCAGGGCAGAAGAAGAAGAAAGCGAGCCGGCGCGAGCUGGGAUGUGGGGCCCCCGCGAGGUGGUGACGCUUCAGUUAGGCCACUACGCGGGGAGCGUGGGAGCCCAUUGGUGGGGGCUUCAGGAAGCAUCAUUCUGCACUGAUCCUGUGGACAAGAAAUCUAAUGAAGGGAUACGUCAUGACGUGCUGUUCCGAGCAGGGGAAACCCUCCAGGGCCAAGAGACGUACACGCCCCGCCUCAUUGUCAUGGACCUCAAAGGGAGCCUGAGCUCUUUGAAACAGGAGGGAUGCUUGUACCAAGAUACGAAAACAAACACACCUGUGGCAUGGAAGGGGAAACUGACAGCACAUCAGGAAGAGACAUCCCCUAAGAAUCCUUUCCUGAAAGACCUCAACAGAUCUCAAGGUGGCACAUCCCCCAGUGGCAAUUUUGCUCCCAGGACUCCCCAUGGUGGUAAAGACAGGACUCUGCUCCUUGAGGGGCAGGAUAAGGCUUCGAAAGAACCAAACAUGGAAAGUACAAUGCAUGUUUGGUCAGACUUUCUCCGGACACACCUGCAUCCUCGCAGCAUCUUAACAAUCCAUCAGUACAAUCAUGAGGGGGAAUCCAGCCGCCUGGAAGCCUUUGGACAAGGAGAAAAGCUCCUGCAAGAUCCCACAUACCUUGAGGAGCUCGAAGACCGACUUCAUUUCUACGUGGAAGAGUGCGACUAUUUGCAGGGCUUCCAGGUCCUCUGCGACUUGCACAAUGGGUUUUCGGGAGUUGGGGCAAAGGUCACAGAGCUGCUUCAAGACGAAUACACAGGGAAGGGAAUCCUGACAUGGGGGCUAACUCCAGUGCAUAGCGUACCAAAUCCACAGCUGAGUUUCUACAGGCUCAUGAACACCGUUCUGGGGUUGGUCCAUCUUUCCAGCCACAGCUCGCUCUUCUGCCCCUUGUCGCUGAAUGGGAGGUUGGGGCUCAGACCAGAGCCCCCCGUUGCACUUCCAUAUGUGCACUAUGAUGCAUCUCUGGACUAUCACACAAGUGCCAUUCUAGCAACAGCCCUGGACACGUGCACUGUUCCUUACCGACUCCAGGCCUCGACUAUCUCCAUGGCCCACCUUGCAGAAGCACUGAAUUUCUCAGGGAGGAAGGUAGCAACAGCAGUCACUGCUGUGCCUUUUCCUGUGGCGCCAUCACAGUCCCUUCCGGACGCUUUGUGUGCCCACCAGUCAGGCCUGCCUUGGAGCCCGCUAUCUUCAUGCGGCGAGCAACGCGGCAUCCGCUGUUUUGCUCAGUCUGCUGUGCUGAGAGGAAUUGCCAAAGAACAUCUGGUCAGUAAACCUCCUCCAGGUUGUGAACCCAAAUCCGUCCUCCAUAUGAGCGAGACAGGAGAGGAGGUUCUGGCCCGCUACUUGUACACGGUGUCACCCACAACUCUCAGCAGCACCGUCCACUUACUGCAAAGCCCUUGCCAGCUGCUGGCCCCCUAUCCCCAGUACUUCUCUCCUCUGCUGGACAAACAAGGAUUCCUCUUGGACGCACCUGCACGGGCCUCAGCAACCUUGCCUCUUAAUCGGAAGACUCCGGCCUCAAUCUCCAUCUCCUCCUUCCAUCCUCCAGAUGUCGAAAGCAUUCCCGUCAUUGCUGCUCUGCAGUCCUCAGCUGUUCUGCACGGAACCCUUGGCGCUUUUUACAAAGAGCUGCGCCACCUGGAUGUCCGGCGCUGGGCAAGUUUUUUUUCUGCAGGAGUUGAACUCGAUGAUUUCCAGGAGGCCUUGGAGGAGCUGAGGACGUUGUCCCAGUGUUACAGAGAGAGCGGCUCAGAAGAAGAAUCGGAGGAGGAAGUGGACUGAUUUCCCUUGUGCGAGGAGCCCUCUGGCUGCAUUGUAAAUUAAUAAAUAAAUAAAAGCUU